UCAGCAAUGACCAGAAUGUGCAGUUGUUUCCUAGGAAAGCUGAGAAGAUUAAAAUGUGAGUAUUAAAGCUGUGAGAAUGUAAGACAUUUCUUCUGUAUUCAGAGUGUCAGGGAAUGAAUGAUUGCUUUAUUUACUCAUUGGUCCACCCCUUGCAUUUACAGUGUCUAAAGAAAUAUUUGGGUGUGUAUUAUAUCACACAUUAACAGAAAGGGAGUGGUUUGUUCAGUCAUAUGAAUGAUGUGAAAUCAUAUGGUCUGAACCAGAGACUCGUCGUCACUGCUGAUAUGAGCAAGCAGAAGACAGGAAACCCUGGUUGGAUAAAGACAUGAGGAGAACAAGUAAACCAGCUGUUCUCAAGGAACCAAAUGUCUGUACUUAUUCAGCAUUAACAAGACAAUACUGCCGGAAGUGUUCAUAAAUCAUAAUCAUGAAGUCUGGAGAGAAAUUUACCUGGUUUCGUUGGCUAUCCACAGUUUUUGGAAUCAUUUUUCAUUUAGGAGACACUGGAUCAGACUUCAUGUUAUCUGUGCAGUACUUCAGAAGAGGACAUCUCAUCUGGGCCACACUGACUCUUGUGUUUGUUCUGGCUGGAUCUGUAUGCAUACAGGCAUUCAGCUAUGCAUGGUUCAAAGAUGAUAAGAAAAAUUAUAAAGACGACGAGGGUCUGUCCACUUGCCAUCUGAUCGGGAUACAUGUACUGCAGAUAGGCAUUUUUACAAGGUAUAUCCAUCUCCUGAAGAAGAGUUUUAAAGCCCUGCGUUCGGGACAGGAGGAGCAGUUACAGAUUUUCGGUCUUGCUGCCGAUCUUAGCAUGCUCCGCAUGUUUGAGACAUUCCUGGAGAGCAUUCCUCAACUCAUUCUGCAGGCUUAUAUCAUACUGGAGCACAACCAUCGCUCUAAUCUGCAAUACAUCAGCAUGGCCCUGUCUUUUCUCUCCAUAGCCUGGGCCACGGUAGACUAUCGUCGCUGUUUACGGCAAUCUCUUACUUACCUCAACCAAAUGCCUUCUGGAGUCCCAACAAUCGUAUAUCUGUCCUACAAAAUCUUUACCAUAACCCCUCGAAUCCUCAGCCUCACGCUCUUCAUCAUGCUCUCCCCCUUCAGUACUGUACCAAUGGCCUGCAUCUGGCUGUUGGGAACCCUCUGGGCAUUCCUGGAGCAGACCAGCUUCUGCACUUCACGAGCCCUUGAACAUCUUUAUCGAGCCGUUGUUGGAGUUAUCCUCAUUUUCACCUUUUUUAACAUUAAAGGACAGAACACCAGAGUUCACAUGACACUGUAUUACACUUUCAGCGUGUGUCACAACCUUUCGGCGCCUAUUGUGUUGUUUCUGCUCAAACCAGAAUCUGAACGGACCGACUACUUCCUGCCAAUUUUAUUUUUUAUAUUAGUGUCAAAUUUAAUGGGCCUGGGUUUUCUGGGACUCUAUUACAGCCUCCUGCACCCCCGUGAACCUGGCAAAGAGGGAAAAAGAGCAGAAGGAAUGGACGAAACAGAUGGAAUGAAAAAUGAGACAAAAACAACACGUUUACAGAAUUUUUUGCAAAUAUAGUCUUGCUCAUUAACUAAUGAACUUGAUUAAGAAAAAGGUGCACACACACACACACACACACACACACACACACACACACACACACACACACAUAUAUAUAAAUAGAGAGAGAGAGAGAGAGAGAGAGAGUGAGAGAGAGAGAUUUAUGUUGGAAUUGAUAAAGUGUGAAGAAACUACAGUAUGUUUAAAUGUAAUAACAUGUCUGAAAGCUGCUAAGGAAGGUGUUAUAUCUGAUUUAUGAAAUGUUGAGGUUUUUGAAUCUGUAAAAAUGACGAAUAAGCUUUCUACUGCCAAUAGAGCUGUCCAGUUUACAGUCCUAAAGUG